CGGGCGGGGCCGGGCCGGGCGGCUCCGAGCCCGCCGCCGCCAUGCCCAAGGUGGUGUCGCGGUCCGUGGUGUGCUCCGACACCCGCGACCGCGAGGAGUACGACGAUGGGGAGAAGCCGCUGCACGUCUACUACUGCCUGUGCGGGCAGAUGGUGCUGGUGCUCGAUUGCCAGCUGGAGAAGCUGCCGAUGCGGCCGCGGGACCGCGCCCGCGUGAUGGACGCGGCCAAGCACGCCCACAAGUUCUGCAACGCCGAGGAGGAGGAGAGCGUCUUCCUGCGCAGACCCGAAGGCAUAGAGCGGCAGUUCAGGAAGAAGUGUGGCAAGUGUGGACUGCUGCUCUUUUAUCAACACCAACAGAAAAAUGCUCCUGUGACAUUCAUUGUUGAUGGUGCUGUGGUCAAAUUUGGCCAGGGUUUUGGGAAAACAAACAUAUAUACUCAGAAACAAGAACCUCCUAAAAAGGUGAUGAUGACCAAACGGACCAAAGACAUGGGCAAGUUCAGUUCUGUCACAGUCUCCACAAUUGAUGAAGAGGAGGAGGAGAUUGAAGCGAGGGAGAUCGCAGACUCGUAUGCACAGAAUGCAAAAGUGAUUGAGAAGCAGCUGGAACGCAAAGGCAUGAGCAAGAAAAGGCUACAAGAGUUGGCUGAGUUGGAAGCCAAGAAAGCCAAGAUGAAGGGAACCCUGAUUGAUAACCAGUUCAAAUGAAAUGCUGUGUAUCUGCUGGGUAUUCGGAGACAGGAGAAAACUACCAAGAGCUAUCACAGUUCUGUCAACAAAGCAGAAGUAACAGACAACGUUCAAGAGUUGCACUCUGCUGCAGCCACCUUGGAGGAUGAGAACCUCUCUGGAUCCCUCUGUAUAAGUGAUACUCUGGGUACCAGUCUUAACUCCAACGGCACUGGAGACUUUGCUCAAGCUGCAGUUCUCUACAGACCCAGUGUUAUGAGCAGGCUGUUCCAGGUAGAAUAUUUACUUUCAAGAAAAUCUCUGCUGGGUGCCUUCCCAAGUUCACCUUUAGAUACCUGUCUUUUUAUUUGUAGUUUUCAAGCAUGUUUCCUUGAAUACAUUAGGACGAUGGGUAACUGUACAACAAAGAAAUCCUUACAAAAGUAA